AUGUUCCACUUUUCAAAACUGCGCAACUUACGCAACAUUUUGUCUUGCACUAUGCACUGUGGUUGUUAUUCUAGUUUUUCCAAAUCUCCAGAACAACUAUCUCAAGUUCUAAAUAAGCACUUGUUGGAACGUAUUAAUACUUUCGGACCCUUAACUGUAGCUGAAUACAUGAAAGAAUGUUUAUCUAAUCCACUAUAUGGUUAUUAUAAUACACACAGUGUUUUCGGAAAAUCUGGAGAUUUCACCACUUCACCUGAAAUAUGUCAAAUCUUUGGUGAGUAG